AAAAAAAAAACUCUAAAUGUGUUAAGUGGGUCGAAAUCAGGUCGACCUGAUCUGUUGCAGGUCGAGUCAGAGUUGUGAUUUUGAUCCGACUAACUAGACAAAUUAGGUUUGACUCAAGAGCUUUCUAACCUGUUUAUAUAUGACCCGAACUCUAACCCGACCCAAUUUAAUAUGCUUGACAGGUCUAAGUUACUACUUUUUCCAAAUAAAGACCUAAAUUCAAUUGGAAAAAUUACCCUGAAUAAUACGAACUUUCACUGAUUUCCCAAUAACCAAUAAUAAUACGAACUUUCAAUUAACCAUGAAUAAUACGAACUUUUACAUGUGUUUUCCGCUGGUAUACUAAUUUACCUGUAACCGGAUGUGCUGAGCUCUUUUUUAAAUUUUUUUUCUGAUAAAAUUAAGGAAAAAAAAGAGCCAAUUUCAUCUUCACAAAUCUUCAGCCAACUCAAUUGAAUCUCUCUGGUUCUGAUUUCUGUAUAUUUAUGUAAUUAUUCCCUUGAGUUUUUUUCUUCAUAUGUUUCUCAUUUUGGUUGUAUUUUCUUUUCACUCUUAUGUUUUAGUUGUAGGGUUAAGGUUUUGUCAUUAUUGUUGUUGGUCUCACUUUCUUUGUAUUUUGUUUUCACUCUUUUGAUAGAUUUUGUGUGUAUGUGAUUGUAUCUUUUAAGCAUGGUGAUAAAUUCGAUUAAAAAAUCUGACUUUGAGCAGGAGGAGUCAGAGUUGGAUUGGAGAAAACUCGGACAUGAUUCUGACAAUGGAAUUGAUUUGAUUAUUUUUCCACAAUUGAUUGAAUUUGAGCCGAAGACUAUAGGCCUUUGAUUCUAAAAGGCUAAUACAAAUCCAUUCUAUUGAUCUAUUCUCGCUACAAGAUCUGGAAAAUCAAUAUGAAGAUGGUGUAUCUAUCCUUUUUUACCUGCAAAAGAUUUUUCCAGGUUUUGUAUGGAUUGCUUUUGAUAAAUUUAUAUCUUCUUAGGAAUAGACAUGAAUCAAUGACUUGGUGCAAACUGGAAACAAGCAAUAGACAUGAAUCAGGUUGCUGCCUGCUUGUAAUGGCUUUUGUUAUACCAUUUUAAUGGUAUUAAAAUGAAAGAGCAAAGUGAGGAAAUGAGGAAGAUAAAGGCUGCUGAUCUACUGCCUAGUAUUAUAUCUUCAGGGUAAUUUUUUCAAUUCAAUUCUCUUUCGCCUUUCAUUUUCUUUCUCAAUCUAAUAUAAUUCCAUAAACGACCAUAAAUCCUAACUUAGAAGACUUGUGCUUGACUUGGAGUCAACACACUCAUUCAAAUUAUUCGAAUCUUCCAACGUUACAUAAAUCCUCUCAUCUCAUCCAUAACAAAUAACCAGCACCCAGAGUUCCAAACUUAUCCAAAUACAGUUGACGAAUGAGUAAUGACAAACUAACUUUCCCUCUAACCUCUAACCAAAACUUUUCCCGCCAUAAGCUCAGCCACUUAAGCAACCAAAACAGAGUAUAGAAACUACCUAUAACCAACUCUCAUAAUGCUUAUAAACAUCAUUAUCCUCCUAAUCCUCCAACCCAUUUUCGUAAUUUCACAAUCUCAAACCCCAGAAAAACAAAUCUUGCUUAAAAUCAAGCAACAAUGGAGUAAUCAACCUCCAUUAACAUCAUGGAGUUCUUCCACUUCUCCUUGUCAAUGGCAUGGAAUCAUUUGUUCUGAAAACAAAACUGUUAUAGGAAUCUCCAUGAAUACCCAAAACAUUUCGGGCGAAAUCCCGCUUUCAAUUUGUGAUUUAAAAGAUCUUACCUUGAUUGAUCUUGGAAACAAUACUCUCACAGGAAAUUUUCCCACUGUUUUAUACAAUUGUACCAAGCUUAAAAGUCUAGAUCUUUCUGGAAACUUCUUUGUUGGGAACUUACCAAAUGAUAUAAACAAGCUUUCUUCUAAUCUUCAACACCUUGUUCUUGGUUCCAACAAUUUCUCUGGUGAUAUCCCAAUUUCAUUAUCUCAACUAAAAGGGUUAAUCACUUUGCAAAUGGAUUCCAAUUAUUUCAAUGGAACAUUCCCAAUUGAAUUGGGUAACUUGGAAAAUCUUGAGAGAUUAGAGUUGGCUUACAACUCAUUUUCUAGUAUGAGUUUGCCCAAAGAAUUUGGGAAUCUCAAGAAUUUGAAGUUUAUUUGGAUGACUUCUUGUAAUUUGAUUGGUGAAAUCCCACAAUAUUUUGCUAAUUUAACAAGAUUAGAGCAUAUAGACUUAGCAAAAAAUGAUUUGGUGGGUGAAAUUCCAAGUGGGUUGUUCUUGCUUAAAAACAUGACUUAUAUGUACUUGUAUACGAACAUGUUAUCAGGGUCACUUCCAUCCUCUAUCAAGGCCUUAAAUUUGAUAGAAAUCGAUCUAUCCGAAAACAAUCUGAUCGGAACAAUCCCUGAAAAGUUUGGAAAUCUGUCUAAAUUACAGAUUUUGCAUUUGCAACGGAACAAUUUUCAUGGGUCAAUACCAUCUAGUAUAGGAAGGCUUCCUUCCUUGCUAAAAUUAAAGUUGUUUCAAAACCGAUUUUCGGGCAUACUUCCUCCUGAACUCGGCCUACACUCAAAGCUCGAUGGGGUAGAAGUGUCAGACAACGCGUUCACAGGCCAAUUGCCGGAUCAACUUUGCUUUGGUAGAAAGUUGAAGGGUGUUGUUGCAUUCAAUAACUAUUUGAACGGAUCAAUCCCACCUUCUCUAGGCCAAUGCAACACUUUAUUGGUUGUUAUGCUCUAUAACAACAGUUUGUCGGGCGAUAUACCGAAAGGAAUGUGGACUUCGAGUCGAAUGAUGCACAUACUACUCAGCAAUAACCAUUUUUCAGGACAACUUCCUGAGAAAUUGGCUUGGAAUUUGACAUCGGUGGAAAUCAGCAACAACAAAUUUUCAGGGAAAAUUCCUAUGAGUGUAAGCAAUACUUGGAGGAAUUUGUUGGUUUUUAAAGCUAGCGAUAACUCGAUCACAGGUACGGUUCCUUUAGAAUUAACUAGCUUAUCAAAACUUAACACACUCUGGCUUGAUGGGAAUCAACUCACAGGUGAGCUUCCCUCUCAAAUAAACUCAUGGAACAGGCUAAACAGCUUGAAUCUGUCUCAUAAUCAGCUUUUCGGGUCAAUUCCUUCUGCUCUCGGAUCUUUGCCUGAGCUCGAUAAUCUUGAUUUGUCGGAUAAUCAGCUUUCGGGCAAAAUUCCAUCCGAAUUAGGUCAAAAAAAGUUCUGUUCACUCAAUUUGUCAGAUAAUCAGCUCACCGGGAAAAUCCCAUAUGAACUAGAUAAUAGUGAUUACAAUGCUAGUUAUCUAAAUACAUAUUUGUGCACCAAUUCUGGUCUUUUACGCCUUCCCAAAUGCCAAAAAUUUCCCCUCAAAUUUCUUCCUUUAGUCAUUUUCUUAACAAUUCUAGUCACUUUUACAGCUGUAUACUUCAUAGUAUUCGUAAACAUCGAAAUCUGGCAAAGAAAACAUAAACAACAUAAAGAAACAUGGGUAUUAAUCCCCUUCAGUAAGCUAUGCUUUACAGAAGAGAAAAUCUACAAUAACUUAACCGAGAAAAAUGUGAUCGGUUAUGGAGGAUCCGGUAAAGUUUACCAAAUACCCUUAAAUGAAAUGGGUGAUAUGGUCGCGGUUAAGAAGAUUUGGAACACAAAAAAGAUGAGUAGAAAUUUGGAGAAAGAGUUCAAUGCUGAGGUACAAACUCUGAGUACUAUAAGGCAUGUCAAUAUAGUGAACUUACUAUGUUAUAUUUCGAGUGAAAACUCGAGAUUACUAGUUUACGAGUAUAUGGAAAAUCGAAGCUUGGAUAGAUGGAUCCAUACAAGUAAACAUGGGCUUUCAUCAGUGGAUUAUCCUGUGUUGGAUUGGCCUAGUAGAAAGAAAAUAGCAAUGGAUGCUGCUAAAGGAUUAUGUUACUUGCACAAUGAUUGUUCACCUCCUAUAAUACAUAGGGAUGUGAAAUCUAGUAACAUUUUGUUGGAUUCUAUGUUUAAUGCUAAGAUUGCUGAUUUUGGGUUAGCUAAGAUUUUGACUAAGGUAGGUGGACAGCCUAAUACUACUGGCUGUCUUGCUGGAUCUUUUGGUUACAUUGCUCCAGAGUAUGUGAAAACCUACAAGGUGAAUGAGAAGACUGACGUUUACAGCUUUGGAGUAAUUCUGUUGGAGUUAGUGACAGGGAAAGAGCCUCAUAAGGGAGAUGAGUACUCAAGUCUUGCAGAGUGGUCAUUCAAACAUUACAAUGAUGGGCAACUAAUUCAGGAUUCUUUUGACAAGGAAAUACUUGAGCCUUGCUUUUUGGAUGAUAUGAUCUAUAUGUUCCAACUUGGGUUAAUGUGCACUAGUAUAGAACCACAUCAUAGGCCAUCAAUGAAGGAGGUUUUGAGGUUGCUUGAAAAAAAGAACAAUCUAGAAGAUUCUAGAAGUGAUAAAGAAAGGAAAGAUCAUGAUUAUUCCCCUCGUUUUGGAGGUAAUGUGUUGAACAUUUAGAGUAUAUAAACUUAGAUUUGUAUAUACUACAUACUUAGUAUUUAUUUUAGAGUAUAUAAACCUAGAUUUGUAUAUACUACAUACUACAUAAACCUAGAUUUGUAUAUACUACAUACUUAGUAUAGUAGUGGGACUAAAUAAAUAUAUUAUAAGUCCAAAUAAAAAGUCUCAAAGAAUUUGAUGAAUCAUUACUUUGAUUGAUAAGUUUUGUUUGAUGAAUCAUUACUUUGAUUCAUAAGUUUUGUUUGAUGAAUCAUUACUUUGAUUCAUAAGUUUUGUUUGAUGAAUCAUUACUUUGAUUCAUAAGUUUUGUUUGAUGAAUCAUUACUUUGAUUCAUAAGCUUUGCUUGGUGAAAUAUUACAUUGAUUCGUAAGCUUUACUUGGUGAAAUAUUACUUUGAUUCAUAAGCUCUGCUUGGUGAAACACUUUUGCUUCAAAAGGAGGUAUGGUUUGAUGCAUAGCUCUAUAAAUAGAGAUUGCAUGCCAAGGGACAUUCCAUCCAUCUCCAUAUCAUUUCUUAUUUCUCUCUUCAGAAUACUCCUAUUCUUAUUUUUCCUUUCAUGAGAUAAUAUUGAGAGAGUGAUUGACUUUCAAUAUCAUCAAAGUUCUUAAUUCACCACAAUACUUGUAUUUACUACUGCAAUUUCCUUGUGCUAGGAUUUUGUUGUGUAGAUUGUAUCUCAUUGUGAAUUUCAUUUUAUCAUCCAAGCACCUUUGUGAGAGAAAUAUCACAAUAGGAAAGUGCAUGAACGUCUUCUAAUCGUACCAAGUUUCCAAGCGACUUUUUUGAGUGUCGCAACCUUAUCUUCAUGGUGUCCAUUUGGUGAUUUACAAAACAAGAAGUUAUAUUACCAUCCACACAAAGGAAAAUACAAAUCGAUUUGUUUUAUUUGUAUUUGCUCUAUAUUUCUAAUAAUCUAUUAUGAUAUUUUCAUUAGGGCAAGCAUUAAGGACUCACAUCAAACUUCAUGAAAUUGAAUAAGUAUUUUGAUAUGGAAUUUUGAUGAUGGCAAAUGAAUUAUUUAUUAUUAGGGUAUCUUUAGUAAGAAGAAGUAUCAUGGAAAACAAGUAAGUUUUCUUGAGAUUUAUUAAUCAUAAAUUAUAUUUGAUAUUUUGUGUUUAAAGUUGUGAGAAAGUAUUUUACAUACAAUUAAAAUCUUCUUUUGGAUGAUCAUAUACACGUGUUCAAAUUUUAAUUUGAAGUAAAGCAUGUGGGUAAUAGUAUUUUAUAAAUAUAUGAUCUAGAAAAGUGGUUAUGUGUUAUUUUGAUGAUAAAAAUUUAUGAUGGAAAUCAUAAAGUGUUAUUUUUCUUAAUAAUUAAUUAAGAAAAGAGAAUAGAAAUCUAUUCAUGUGAUCAUCAUGGUUGAUAGGCAAUGAAAUUUUGUAGUAUGGAAUAAAAUUACUACAAUGUUAGGAUUUAUAUAUUAUAUAUAAAUUAAAAUUUCCAAGUAUACAUUAAGUAUGUGUAUGUGUUUCAUCGAAUAUUGAUUGAUUAGAGUAUAUUUAUGUUCUAUACUUGAUGGAAUUAAUACUUCAUGAGGCAUGUUUAAAGAAAGUGAUUAAUUUUGUUUUAUCAUAUUGAUAAUUGAUGUAUGUCAUGUAGCAUUAAAACCAAAGGUAUGAAAUAAAGUAUCAAUUUAAUUGAUGUAACCAUAUUUGUGGUUCGUUAUGGUAGUUAUUUGUAAAUAACUACUUAUAAGUAAUUGAUAAAUUUAUUGACUUUUGUCAAAUAUCUCAGAUGAUGAGACAUAAAUUAAGGUGACAUAAAAAUACUACCCCUUAAUCUUAGUUAUGAUAUAACUAGAUUGACUUGGGAAAUAACAUAACACAUUUGAGUAUGCCAAAAAAAAUCAUUUCCCUUUUUAUUUAUUUAUUUAUUUAUUUGAAUAAAUUUGGAUAAAUAAAAUAUAUGUCACCAUAAAU